AUAACCGCCGACGAGCGACGACGAUGUGACUCCAGGCGUUCGAAGUUGCUCGUUCAGUUUUCAGUUUUUAGAUUUCAGUUACGUUUUGGCGUUUUACGGUAACGCAGCGGACAGUUAGCCUCCAAUUAAAGCAGCGACCGUUAGAGUGAACGACGGAAACGGAAAGUAAAAGCCCCGAUCGCGACCAGAUUCAAAGGCAGACCGAAAUGGCCGAGACAAUCAACAACAAGCCGAGCAUACAGAUCCGCAGCGGACUGCCCUCGCCGCUGCCGGACAAGAGUCCCUCGCCCGCCGCCAAGCUGCUGAUCAGCCACGGCAAGCCCAACUUCACCAUCGCCCGUUCGCCCAAGAUCGAUGAGAACGGAAACGGAAACGGGGACGUGAACCCACUGUCCGCCCAGCCCACCGCCAACAACAACUACAACGCCUACAAGAGCGCCACCAGCACGGCGGUGAACAGCCAGAAGUUCAUAGUCGGCACCAAGUUCAAUGGCGUCUUCAAGCCCUCGAAUGCGGCGGCCACUUGGGCCACGAACGGAAAUGGUAAUGGCUCCUCGGAGGCGGAGAAUGAGGCGGCCAAGGUCGUUCUGCGGCGCCCCAAGCUGGCGGAUUCGCCCCCAGCCGCGGAGGGCGAGGACGAGAACGUGCCGGAGUUCAUCAGGCGCCAGCGACGCAUCCAGGAGCGGCUGGCCAAGGAGAACGUGCUGGACUUCGAGAGCCGGCGCAGCGGCUACUUCACGCACGUCAUGAUCUCGCCGGACUCGCCCAACCGCACCUCGUUCGUGGAGACCAUGGCCAGUCCGGCCAUAGUGCCCGCCCUCGAGAUUCCCGCCCCGGUGGCCGAGAAGGUGGAGGAGGAGCCAGUGGAGCCAGUGGAGGCACCUCCGGCACAGCCCCAGGUGGCCGCUGUGGUCACAUCUGCUCCGAUCGUUGAGACCGAGACAGAGGUUACCAGCAAUGGUCACACGGAGGACUCGAGCGCCGAGGAGGAGGCCAAGGCCAUUGAGCAGGUCAACCAGGCGGUGGCUGGCGAGGAGGAGGAGGCACCCGAGCCUGUUCCAGUGGCAGCAGAGAGAAAGGUGGAGGAGGAGGAGCCUACUCCUGCCCCCGCACCAGUGGAGGCCAAGGUGGAGGUGGUGGAGCCAGCUGCCCCUGUGCAAAAUGGCCAGCAGGAGGAGGCUAAGCAGGCGGAGGAGCCUGUCCCUGCCACAAAUGGCCACAAGGAAGAGGAGGCCAUCACCAUUUCGCACACCAAUGGCCAGAGCAGCGACGGUCCCAGCAUACCCACUCCCGAUCCCAGCGGCGCCCUGGGGGUGAACUACGAACCCAAGACCGUGGUCAGCUUCUCGCAGGAACUGGGGGGCGGCGAGAACAACUAUCCCGACACCGUGAAGGUGGUCAGCGAGGUGACCCCCGAGGCCGACGGGGAGCUCAAGGAGCUGACCAAACUGAAGUUCGACAUCAAGAGCGACGACCAGAACGAGGUCCAGGUGACGCCCGUUCUACGAUCAGACUAGGAGGUCCUUGUAGCUGUCCAAGGAUAAGGAGUAGUGCAAUUUGUUUGUUAAACAAGAAACGUCAACUAUAUUGUAUUGUAUUUUGUGUUAGCUGCUAAGUUGAUUACGAGAAAUGUUGCCAAAUUUAAUUUUAUGCUUCGCGCAUCAGUCAGUAUCGAGAGUGGAGUUAAGUGGAGAUCCUAAUCCCCAACCCCGCAAAGCCACCCCUUGAGGCCCGGUCCCCGAAAGCGAGUUCCUGGGACUUGCUAAACCAAACUACGUUUAUUGCAAUAGACACCAUUUGCUUUAUUUAAAUAAAUUAUUAUUAUUGAGAA